CAACGAUCGUCGAAAAGGUCGAAGCGAUGCUGCUGUUACUGAUACUCGCCCUUGCAGAUGCCGCUGAUGAUGGGUUCUACUGCCACAGCUGCGUGUCGUCGAGCUACCGGAACUGUGUGUGGAAUCCGUACACCUCGCUUACGAAGGACUGCCCCGGUGAUCGAGCCUGCGCUACGGUGAUCCUACCGGACGGACACACCUUCCGCGGGUGCUCCCAGGAUGCGGAGUGCCUCGAGGCGGGUGACGCGUGCGUCCUGUGUGAUUCGUUUUCCGGCUGCAACAUCGCCCGCCAUCCGCCCGAUCGGCUGCAGUGCAACAUUUGCCAAACUUCGUCACUAGCUUCCUGUGCCGCUCUACCCUAUCCGCGGCAGUUUGAGAAGCCCUGCGUACGGUACGUUCCCGGCGAUCGGUGCGUGACCGUGUUCGAUGGGUUCGACGUGUCCCGGCGUGACUGUCUGUCGGGCAUCGGCGAGCCGGAUCUCGCACGGUGUACGAGUGGAUCGUCCGCCGAGUGUUCCAGUUGCACGGCCCCAAACUGCAACACAGCCCGAGUGCGGACCGAUGAUCGGUGUCUUCAGUGUACCUCCAAUAUGACGGGCUGUGCAAAUGGGAAACGAUCGCCAACGAGCUGCGAAAGUCCUUCCGGGGGUAUCUGCUACUCCAAAGUCAACGCUGACAACAGUCUCCUGUACCGGGGUUGCUGGGUGGACUUGACGCCGGCCGAGCAGGAAGACUGUGCCAAGCGUAGUGACUGUGCCCGGUGUUCGGGGGAAGGUUGCAAUGCGCAGUUCCUGCCACAGGACACGCUCAGUUGCGUGCAGUGUGACUCACGGGAGUCUAGGCUGUGUGCUCAAGCGCAACGAAACGAUAGCCUCGUUCGGCUCUGUCGUCACCAUGAGCCUGGGGAUCGGUGCUUUACGCAGGUUUUGAACGAUGGCACCACACGGCGAGGCUGUUUGUCCGAUUCGGAGGACCCGCCCACGAACUGUGCGCCGGAAGGCUCGCUGUGUGAGCUGUGCUCGGGCAAUGACUGCAAUCGGAGAGUGAUGCCGGACGGGCGGCAGUCGUGCUAUCACUGUGACGCUGCCCACCAGCACGGAUGCGACCAGCAAGAUGGUGGGACAGCCUUGCUGUGUAGGUCGUACCACGAAAACGACCGGUGCUACACCAGAGUAUCGCAGGGAGCAGUUUCUCGUGGCUGUGUGUCGGACUUGGAGGCGACGACGCCGUGCCUGGAGCACAGGGAGUGCUGGAUGUGCUAUGGUAGCAAUUGUAACCAUUUGUCAGAACUCAAGCUGCGAAGCGCAGGAGCACGGUCGUCCUUGUCUUUUAUGGUCAUCACCGGAACACUGUUUGCCGUAUCUUUGUUUUGACUUGAGGUGCUAGUGUUGAAUAAAGCUUCUACUCUUCGUAUGAGGAGUUCCCAAAGCUAUUCGCCUGAUUGUUUGGCAACACCUUCGGUGCUCUGCUUCUAAAUCUAUGCGCUCCGUAGUUUUUCGUUAAAAGAAUCGUAGGAAGGCCCAAAGUCAUUUUAGGCCUGUCUUAGGAAGUUUCAUACCAAAAUUCA